UCUUACCCUUAGCUAGCUUACGUAGACCCCACCAUUUAACCCCCUUUCCCUUCCACCACCACGCCAACUCCACAUACAUACUCCUCUCCAAGACUCUCUUUUCUUCACAUUUUCUUCCUCUAGCUAUCUUGUCUUUCAAUCCCCACUUUUCUUCAACUUCUUCUGAUCUUUACCCUUUUUCUCUUCUAAAUUAACUCAACCAAAUUCUAACAAAUUAUUCAUCACAACCCCCUCAAUAAUGGACAACGCGGCCGUAAUAGGAGCAGCAACAACAACAAUAACACCAGCAACAACAACAACAACAACAACAACAACAACAACAACAGUAGCAACAAGCUCCCUAGAUCAAACACAUGAUUUCAUGAACGUAGACUCCUUCUCUCAACUCCCCUUCAUACGCCCCGCUCCUGCCACUAACUCCAAGCUAUCCUCCACCUCCUCCGCCGCCUCCGGUAUCCGCCUCUUCGGUAUCGACUUCUCCUCUUCCUCCACCAUUGCCACUGACAACUCCGACUCCGGCGACAGCAACAACCUCGACAGCAACCAAGACACAAAUAUUAAUAAGGAGAUCAACAACAACAAUAACAGUAACAGUAGUGAAAGUGGGAGGAAGUUCGAAUGCCAUUAUUGUUGUAGGAACUUCCCUACUUCUCAAGCCUUAGGCGGCCACCAAAACGCACACAAGCGUGAACGGCAACACGCUAAGCGGGCCCACCUUCAGUCCGCCAUGAUGACAGCUGACCCCACCCACCAACACCACCACUUCUACAGCCUAGCAAAUACUUACCCUCAUCAUCACCGCACUACUAACUCUUACUACCCUACCUCACUCUCAAAUACCACCACCCCUAGAUACUCCUACCACCACCACAACAACAACAACAACAAUAACCACCACCAGCCACCACAUCAUCCUCCAACUAUAAACGGAAGCCCUCUCGCCGUGUGGCGGAUCCCUACAGCCGUUCAUUCACAUUCAUUACCUCACCAUAAUCAUAAUCAUAAUCAUCACCACCACCAUAAUAGUUAUAGUUCAUCCAGUGGGAUUCAUCGUGACCGUUCAUCGUUGAACCCUUUGCCGUUAAUUGGUGGAUCUCAUUCUCCUGGAUUUAGCAGCAUUAUUGAUACUACUACUUCUUCAAAGAGUAGUAAAAAUAUUAAUAUCAACAUGAAUAAUAUCAGUAUGAUGACUUCUACUCAUCAGAAUCAAGUACGCCGUAGUACUGACCAAGUGAGUUUAGAUCUUCAUUUGUAAUAUUUUUUAAUUUAUUUUUUAAUUUACUUGUAUACUUUUUUUAUUUAUGCCAUUUUGUUAAUUUAGUUAUUAGCUAAGAUAAGAUAGCUCAACUCAUACAAAUUAGGGUUUAAUGAGAAGCAAGUGUGUAGUUGUGCUAAUGACAAUUAUUAAUAUCCUUGCUA